AUGACACGUCCCGGUGUUGGCAGAGAUCGGAUUCGCACCGACGGACUCCGCACGCUGAACAUCGCGCAGCUCACGUUCCACAUGCCCGACGAACCCCAGCAGGUCGUUUCUUCCACGCUCACACCAGUGCGCCUGCAGUAUGUAUUCCGUGUUCCGUGUUCUUCCCGGAUUCUUUUUCUGGGUCCAGAAUCGGAUCGACCGAAAACAAGAACUCCAACGCUACACCAAGCCGUCACCAUGAACACGUUGGAGAAGGUCAUCGGGUGCUACAACCGUCAACUUGUCUCCAUGUUCUUCGAUGCGUCGCGCCUACGGCCACUGGCGGUGCUCUCCUCAACGCGCGAGCACGACUUCUUGCGCCCCAUCGGGCUUCCUUCCACUCUGCACACCAUGGAACGGCUGCGCGAGCUGGAGGUACAAACCAACUGGAAGGUAUCCUUCAAGUCGCUGCUACGGUUCCUAAGAUGCACUCCCAACCUCCGAACGCUCCUUAUCUCCAACCACAACCGCCACCGAUUCGUUCUGCACGAGAGCCUGGAAAACACGGAGUUCGUCGAGCUGCCUCUCGUAAGGGAGGUCUCCAUCCGCGGCUAUCUCUCCCAAGCGGUGGACGAUCUUCUCUCCAAGCUCGUCAUAUCCCCCCAUGCAUGUAUCCACGUCUCCUUCCCGCACACUCGUUCGACAAUCAUCGCACCGCUGCGCGCCAGGCUCUUCCGCGCCACCGACGCGACCAAUCACGCGUGUAUCGCCUACGCCGUGACCCCGCUGCUCGUCGGCGGAGUGAACCACAAACGGUAUACAUUUCAAGUUUCUGAUUUCGACAAGCGCGUCCAGGUGCUCUGGGAAUGGACGCAAGCCGCCGACCAGUCCGCCGACCUCGACUCCGAUUGGCUCGUCCCCGACACGCUGGGCGGUGUGCGCCACAUGACAAUGUCCCUUGACCGCGUCAAGUUGGCGUUCCACGAGUGGUAUAACCUCUUCAAGCCUUUCCAGAACCUACGAACAGUACAACUGCAUGUCCCAGAUGCAAAUAGCGGCAGGAACUGCCUCUUCCACACCUUUGAUGUGGACGGAGGCGGCAGGCUCGCAACGAAUGGUCAAUGGCACCGGGUGGCGCUCGCAGUGAGGCUCACCGAAUUCACGGAGGGCCCGCCAGGUGACGGGUACUCAUAUUCCCCAGACGACAACAUUGACGCAAACGUCUUCAACCAGCUGUUCGGAGCUGACGAUAGGAGACCGCUGGCGGAGAAGAGGAGGGAGUUCACGUCCAAGACCGUGCGCGAGCCUAAGAGUUCGGGCACUCUGAUGCCAGUGCCGCCCUAA